UUCAUUAUACCGUGGUAAGAUUAUCAGGCAUAUUUCUAAACAUCCAUAAACAAGUCUCUCAAUAACAACAGCGGAAGUGGGAAAUAAGUCCAUGCUCGAUAUCUGUGCUAUAUCUCAUAAAAAAGUGCUAGAGUUUGGAAGAUGAACAGUCUCUCUCCAGAGGUGGCGUUGAGCCGUAUUUCUCCUGAGCUGCGGCCUUUACUCUGCUCUGUGGUGCGCAAUGGACGGGUUGGUUUAGACUCAUCCAGCUGUCUCAGAAUCACUGACCUCAAGAGUGGCUGCACAUCACUAAUGCCUGGUCCAUGCUGUGACAGAUUUAAACUUCACAUUCCAUAUGCUGGAGAGACUCUCAAAUGGGACAUUAUCUUCAAUGCCAAAGACCCAGAACUGCCCCCUGACUUUAUCUUCGGAGAGGAUGCUGACUUCCUUCCUGAACCAUCAGAACUCCCGCACUUGGUGUCGUGGGACGCGGGUAAACCGGAGUGUCUCCUGCAGCUGGUGAAAGAGCUGUUGCAGCAGUAUCAUCAGUACCAGUGCCAGCGGCUUCGUGACAGUUCCCGCCUGCUCUUUGAAUAUGGCAGCCUGCUGGAAGACCCCAACUAUGGGCGCAGUAUGGAGAUCUACGCUGGACGCAAGAACAGCUGGACGGGGGAGUUUUCUGCUCGAUUUCUUCUCAGACUCCCUGUGGAUUUUAGCAACAUUCCCGUCUAUCUUCUCAAGGACACAGCACUGGAUCCAGGAGAAGAUGUGGCACUUCUGUCUGUUAGCUUCGAAGAUGCUGAAGCCACACAAGUCUUUCCAAAACUCUACCUGUCACCCAGCAUUGAGCAUGCACUUGGAGGAUCUUCGGCAUUACAUAUCCCAGCAUUCCCCAGUGGAGGCUGCCUCAUUGACUAUGUGCCUCAAGUGUGCCAAUUACUCACAAACAAGGUUCAGUAUGUCAUUCAAGGAUAUCACAAGAGGAGAGAAUACAUUGCUGCUUUUCUCAGUCACUUUGGAAUGGGUGUGGUGGAGUAUGAUGCUGUUGGGUUUACAAAGCUCACCCUUCUGCUCAUGUGGAAAGACUUCUGCUUCCUGGUCCAUGUGGACCUGCCUUUGUACUUCCCUCGAGAUCAACCCACCCUCACGUUUCAGUCUAUCUAUCACUUCACCAGCAGUGGGCAGCUCUACUCUCAGGUGCAGAAAUCUUACCCCUACAGUCCGCGCUGGGACGGCAACGAGAUGGCCAAACGAGCCAAGGCUUACUUCAAAAGCUUUAUCCCUCAGUUCCAGGAGGGGGCUUUUGCCACCGGAAAACUGUAGAUUUAGUGUGUGAAUUAGGAGCUCUCUGAAUUGAAAGGAGGGUCUAUAAACAUGAUGUAUAGGAGACAGCAUGUGCUCAGAGUCAAGCAGGAGUCUGUAAAAGAAACCCGUGAUUCACAAUUCUGCCAACUCUUCAAUGUUCCAGCCCUCAUAAACAAUGUCAUUUGGUACAUUUAAAAGUUUUUUUUUUAUUUAUAUGCUAUUUGUGUUUCUCAUGUUCUUUAUGAAUAGAUUACAUCAAUAAAUCAAGUUACUUUGUUGCUGCUUUACUCAGUUUCUGGUUUUAUGUUUUAAAGUGUUUUACAUUUUUAAUUCAUCCACAGAUUAAUUUGCUUUAUACCUGUUUAUUUUAGGCAAAUCUGAUAAAUAAUUAGCUGAGCUGUAUCAAUGUGUUAUUUUGGUGACACUUCUACAAUAAGGUUCCAUUUGUUAACAUUAGUUAACUAAAUUUAAUAAAUGCAUGGCUCGUUAGUGCAUUGCUGCUAAUGCAUCGCAUUGUUAGUUAUUGUUAAUUAAUGCAUUAACUAAUGGAAAUAGGAACUAAUUGUAAAAAUCAACUCCAAAUCUAAAGUUCAGUAAGGCCAUGUUUGGAUGAAUGUGAAUUUCUUAGAUUUCAUUGGCGUGACUGUCGAUCAUAACUCUUGUUAGCAUUUAUUACCAAAGUCAGACAACGCCUAAAUUCUAUUAUGUGUUACAUCUAGUCUUUUCACCGUUCAGUUUUCAUUUUGACUGUGUCAGGAGACACUCUGAAACCAUGAAUUCUAAAAAUGUAAUCAUUAGCACCAAACAGGUUGGAUUAUUUGAUGCAUCAAAUUCAGUUUAAUACUUUGGGUCAGGGUUGGUUCAAAUACUUUAACCUAAGAAUGAGGAAUGGUGAUAAUGAUCCUUGCCCUAGCAAACACUAAGUGUGAGGUCAUCAGUACUUAACUUGAAGAGAGAAAAAGGGUUCAGCACAAAACUUAAUGUUGUUUCAAUAUUAUUUGAGUUGCCUCGCACAGCUAUUCAUACAUCCAUACUAGUUCGUAAAUAUGUAUGAAGUAAGUUGUUGAAAAGGGUUGUUCAUUUUUUUUUUUUCAAUUAGAUUCCACAAAACUGGAAAAAGCAUCUAAAUUCUGAGAACUGUUAUUUCUAAAAAUGGUAAAUUAUAGUCUUUGUUUGUUUAAUCCUGUAAUUUGCCAAGAAGAAUGUAGUUGAAUGUGUUGCACUGCAUUUUGAAGGAUUUGGUUCCAAUUUGCAUGUAUGUGUGAGUGAGUAUCUGCAUGUGUUGUUUUCUUGUGAUGGAAAAGUGUCUUAGAGUGUCGUCACUGUCAACACUGAUUGAUUUUAAGCUUUUAACAGGGUUUCAAACUUGAACCAGAGUGCAUAUUUGUGAGUGUGUUCGUUAAGGGAGUGUAGUCAUGAACGGGAUGUGUGGGAGACAACCUACAGCUGAGGGAGGGAAAGCUCACUUGUUUUCAUCAUUAAGCAUAGGGGUCACUGUAAGGGGUCUUUGUUGGCCUCGGGGUCUGCCCUCUGCUAUAUUUGUUGUUGGUAAUGUAGGAGCUGUCAUGUCUAAUUGGGAACCACGGGAUGAAUGCAUUUGGGGCAUUUAAUAGAAUCAAGUCUCUUAAUAAAAAAUUAAUAACAAGA